AGCAGUUUAGGAGGUGGAGAGAGAGAGUUCAGAAGUGGCUUUCAGAUUUGGAGUUUAUUCCUCAUGAUGUUCCCUUUCUGAGCUGCUGUGUUGGAUGCUCAUUCCUAGGGUCAUGCGUGGUGCUUUGAUGGACUAUUUUGAGGAGAAGCAGUUGACUGAACGUGUCUGAGGCAGCUGUGGCAGAAAACUCUGGAUGAGGAUGAGUAGAGUGAAAAUGGAGGAGAGCAUCAUGUCAUACCUGUCUCAAAGUGAGACUGACACCAGCCCCAACGACUUGAAUGUCGUGGCCAUGCUCCACAACUUCUGGGAGCAGAGGCAGGUGAGCCAGUCAAACGGCUCCAUGAGUGAACCUGGUGAUGGUGUUUCUGUUGGGGACUUCCAGACAGAUAGCCUGCUGCUGUAUGAGUCUGCACCAUCUCCUGGUCCCCCCUACAUCUGCUACGUCACCCUGCCUGGAGGAAGCUGCUUUGGCAACUACAAGGUGUGUGGCACUCAGGCAGAGGCACGGAGGGACGCAGCCCGCGUGGCUCUGAUGAACUCACUCGUGAACGAGCUGCCAUGUCGACGCAUCAGCCCUCAGUUCAUCACUCAGAGUUUGCAGCAGGCCGAAACAGACAGUGCUGUCUCUAUUGAAGAUGCAUGUGAUUCAAGCACCAGUAUAGGAACCUACAGUCUGCUGCUCCACUCCUACAUAGGAAGGACCAUGCUGGAGUUCCAGGAGAUGAUGACCAUUUUUCAGCUAUUGCACUGGAAUGGGACACUGAAGGCUCUGAGGGAAAGGCAGUGCUCUCGACAGAGUGUGAUCACCUAUUACUCUCAGCGAGGUCUCGAUGAGUAUAUGCGCAGCAGCUUAGCUCUGGAUUGGCUCGGACGGGAGCAAAGGUCACCGGGACGCCUCGCGGAGGAGCUGCAGGUGGCGCAGAGGGAGCUGGUGUUGGCCCGGCGUCGAGGCAUAGAGCUGCGCUUCUACAAGGAAAAGACGGAGAUCCUCAGCCUGGCUCUGAGUCAAGCGUACAUUCACCACACGCCCGAGGCCUUCAGCCAGGCGCAGAGUCACACAUACAAGCAAGAACAACUUCCUUUACACCCAUUAUACAGCCAGGACUCCAAAGUCCAGAUAACCCCACCAUGCAGUCCUUCACCAAGCCUCCAUAAAAACACAAAACAAACAGUCUGUCAAACGUCUGGAAAACACUCGCCCUCCAACAGUCCUUCGUCAUGCUCACAGGAGACCUUUGUGCCUAUAAAUAACUUUGAAUAGACCAGAGCAGAAGAUGGGUGAUACAAUUUGACAUUUGACUCUGUGAAUAAGCUUAAACUCUGUCAUUUGAGAUUUGAGCUUUUUUUGAGAGAGAGAGAGAGCACAUAUUAAACAUGGCCACGUUAUUCAGAUUUUCUGUAAACUCAUGAGUUCUGUAAUCAUGAGAGUUACAAAUACUGUGUUCGUGUGUCUAUUAAUAAUGCUCUAGCCUUGUUAACACUCCUUUGUGACUAUAGAUCCAAUACUUAAAGAUGUCUGUAGUGUCAUUAAAAUGAUUUAGAAGAACUAUCAGGAAAUAUAGUUGAACUGUAGCUGUAACCUUCUAUCAAAGCUAUUUUUGUACAAGAGCUCCUUUGCUUUUAUGUACGUUCAAUUGGCUUAUCUCUCUGAGAGGAUAACCUGAAAGUAAAAAAACAUGAAUUUUGAAAUGACUUAAAUGAUUCAGUCUGGAAUGGUUCACAUACCAGCAAAUUAGUGCUCCUCCAUGCCUCACACUUCUUCUCUCCUUCUCAGUCUGGCAUCUGGCGUAUCUAUUCCAAACUGAUUGAAAAUGACUUGCCAGGACACUGACUGACUGUGGGACAUGUUGGAUGACGUGUUGCUGGGUGUUAUGGAAAAGAGUGUCUGUUGUUGAGUGUGACACGCAUUUAUUUGAUGGCGCUGGACUCUUGUAUUGAAAAGCACUAUGUACCUCAUCAUAAAAUGCAUACAGGCCAAGAGCAUUCAGUUGUCUUAGGUUUGGUUUGGCAUUGGGACUAAAUGCAUUUCAAAGGGAAAAUCUUUUUGUUUUUUAUCUUUGUAAUAAACAUUUGUA